ACAAGACACAAGUCUAAAAGAGCGAGAGAGAUAGUAUAGAUUCGAGCUGGCCUGUUUAAUUCGGACGCUUUUUUUGCUCAACCAUUCUGAAGGCCGAUCAGUGUCUGCUGCAGCUCGAGGAUGGCCGGGGUCAUACUUGGGGGUUCCUCGCGGCUCGCCCCGCGCGCCCUUAGGCGCUUAACCUUGCUGCAGUCAAAGGUGGUAAGGAACCUUUAUCAAGGAGGACCCUCAUCAGCAGCUUGCACAAGAAAGCUCUUCAAUAGUAUCGUAAAGCUCAGUAGCUCCAAACCACAUCAUGUGAGUGUUCAAUCUAGAUAUAUAAGGUCAACAUCGUGCCUGUGGGAAACUAGAGACGUUACGGUGCCAACUUUUGCUGAUAGUAUAAGCGAAGGAGAUGUCAGGUGGGACAAAAAAGAGGGUGAUCAAGUGAAAGAAGAUGAUGUCAUAUGUGAAAUUGAGACUGACAAGACUUCAGUGCCCGUGCCAUCUCCUGCUGCGGGAGUUAUUAAGACUAUCCUUGUCAAAGAUGGUGAAACCGUUACACCUGGAACCAAGUUGUGUACCAUUGAGGUUGGUGCUACAGCUGCUGCGGGAGCUGCACCUCCAAAGGCUGAGACACCCAAAGCCCCAGAGCCUGCAAAAGCAGCUCCUCCACCACCACCUCCAGCAGCUCCAGCUGCAGCUGCUCCUCCCAAACCAACUACUCCGACACCUCCACCUCCUCCUGCCGCAUCAGCACCGCCUCCACCACAAGCUCCAAAAGCAUCUAUGCCUGUAGCAGCCAUAAAACAUGCGCAGUCUCUUGAAGGCGCCAAAGUUCAACUGCCGCCACAAGAUUACUCACGUGAAAUUAUUGGAACUAGAACAGAACAGAGAGUAAAGAUGAACAGAAUGCGAAUCCGUAUAGCUGAACGUCUAAAGGAUGCUCAAAACACGAAUGCAAUGCUGACGACAUUCAACGAAAUCGACAUGAGUGCACUUAUUGAUUUUCGCAAAACGAAUCAAGAGGCUUUCAAUAAAAAGUAUGGACUUAAACUAGGUUUUAUGAGCCCGUUUAUCGCAGCUUCUGCUUAUGCUUUGAAAGAUCAACCUGUUGUUAAUGCUGUCAUUGAUGGUGGCGAUAUAGUGUAUAGAGAUUAUGUUGAUAUCAGUGUGGCAGUUGCCACGCCGAAAGGUUUAGUUGUUCCAGUACUGAGAAGUAUAGAAAAUAAGAACUUUGCUGAAAUAGAAAUAGCACUUGCUGCUAUUAGUGAUAAAGCGAGAAAAGGAAAAAUUUCCAUCGAAGAUAUGGAUGGUGGCACUUUUACUAUUAGCAAUGGUGGUGUGUUUGGAUCACUCAUGGGAACACCCAUCAUUAAUCCGCCUCAAAGCGCUAUUUUGGGAAUGCAUGGAGUCUUUGAUAGACCUAUUGCAGUCAAAGGACAGGUCGUUAUUCGUCCCAUGAUGUACGUUGCUCUUACUUAUGAUCAUCGAUUAAUUGAUGGACGUGAGGCUGUUAUGUUCCUAAGAAAAAUAAAAGACGCCGUGGAAGAUCCUAGAAUAAUAUUAGCUGGUCUAUAAAAAAUAGUUACUUCCAAAAAAUUAUUCUUUCAAUUGCUUUGUGCACCUCUACUUACUCGAGAGUUACGUAUCUGUACAGUGUCAUAUCGUAAUUUAUUUCUUAAAUGAAUGCAAAAGUUUCAUCUUUGAAACUUGGACAUUUGUAAUUAUUUUAAACCCUCCAGCUGUGAUUCAGUGAAAGUAAAGAUGAGCUAAUUGUUGCAUCCAUCAAAAAUAUGUGAAUCACUUGUUGGACUGCAACAUUUUAGUUAUUUGUUAAUAAUAUUUUUUCUCUUCUCACAAUGAUAUUCUUGGACAAAAUUUUAUUCCAACCGUCUAUCAUUAAGUAAAUUAUUGUUUUAAUUUGGAAUUGAAGAAUAGAGAAAUUGUAUUAUUAGUUUCAACAGUAAAUCAACAUUGUAAUCAUUGUCAUAAAACGCUGUUCAAAUGAACUUUUUUUUGUGAAUUAUUGUCUCACGUUUUAUUGUUUCCUGAAAUUUUAAAACUUUCUUAAUUUAUGUUAGAAUAAAAUUACUAACACACAUACAUUACGUUGAUAAAAAAAAAUGUAAAUAGUGAAUUUCCGUUGACUCUUCUCACGUUAAUAAAUUUACAUUUUAACAUAACGAUUUGUGAUUAUUAUUUAUUCGUAAUGUAAUUUUCACUAUCGAUAGACUCAAAUCCAGAUCGAAAAUAAGUAACGAGUGCAAUAUAUGUGACUGCCAAGUAACAGUAUGCAAUUCAUUGUAACUUUUAGAAGUAUCAAUUACGUAUUUAAAAAUCAAUAGACGGAAGUGCUGAAACAAUGACCAGAUGUUACAAUUUUGUAUUUCGAUUGUGUUAUACAUUGUUGUACUCGAAAAAAAAUCAAUUAAUAAAAAAUUAUUUCAAAUCAAA